AUGGCGAACCAAACCCUGCACACUGUACCUGCGAUCGGCGCUUUUGCGCAGCCAAAUGCCGCUGCAUUUGUACCUCCCACUCACCCUGCAGGUCGCAUCGUGCGCAUCGGCCCGGACGAGGUCUCCCUCUGCGACAUCAGCGCCCUCCAGGCCGUCUACUCGGCCAGGGAGACGUUCCGCAAAACGCCCUGGUACAUCGACUUUGUCUUCGGCGUCGAGAACAUCUUCAGCACCAGCAGCCCCGACCUGCACCGCACGGCGCGCCGCGCGCUCGCCGCGCCCAUGGCCGACGCGGCCGUCCACGCCCUGGCCCCGCGCGUCGCCGGCCACGUCGACUUUGCCGUGCAGCGAAUGAAGGCGGAGAGCGAGACGCGCCAGGCUGUUGAUAUCUGGAAGUGGUGGCUCUUCAUGACGACGGACAUUAUUGUCGAGCUCACCUUUGGGGAGUCCUUUCACAUGCUCGAGCGCGGCGAGGACAACGAAUACAGCUACUUUUUGCGAAACUCUGGCGCCUUUGGCAUUUACCGCUCCGCCCUGCCGCGCCUGAGCAAACUCCUGUCCCUCGUGCCCCUCGAGAGCAGCAAGACGCUGAACAAGGCCGCGACCGCCAUGCGCAAGGCAGCCGUGGACGGCAUCGCUAUCUACCAGAGAAAGGUGGAAGAAAACGGCACGGAUAAUGUACAAAAGACCCUGUUCACCACGCUCUUCCAGGAGCAGCAAGACAACAACAGCAGCGCUGCCGUCGUCCGCACGCGGCUCGCUGGCCACGGCCAGUCCUUCAUCGUGGCCGGUAGCGACACGACGGCCAACACGCUCACGUACGCCGUCUGGACGCUGAGCAAGCGGCCGCUCCUGCGCGAUGCGCUGGUGGCGGAGCUGCAGGCGCUGCCGGUUGACUACACGGAUGCGGACCUGCGCGGGUGUGGGCUGCUCGCCCGUAUCAUCAAGGAGUCGCUCCGGAUGCACACCGCCGUGCCGGAGGGGCUGCCGCGCAUGGUGCCCCCGCGCGGCGCGCUUCUCUGCGGCUUCCACCUCGAUGCCGGGACGGUGGUGAGCGCGCAGGCGUACAGUAUGCACCGCGACGCGGCCGUCUUUGCGCACCCCGACGAGUUUGACCCGGACCGCUGGGCAGCGCCGACCAAGGCGAUGACGGACUCCUUCAUGUCCUUUGGGCGCGGCUCCCGAGUCUGCAUCGGUCAGCAUCUUGCGCAUACGGAGCUUCGCAUGGGCAUUGCCCGCUUCUUCCUCGCGUUUCCGAAUGCGCGCGUUUCGGCCCGCGAGGGUAUGUCGGACGAGGACAUGGUGGAGGAGUCGUACUUUGUCAUGUCGCCCAAGGGCCACCGCUGCCUCAUCGAGGUGAGCUGA